CGUGCCUUCGCGCGCGCUCUUGCUUCAGCCAAUAGGACGCCACUGACGGUUUGGCUAAGUCGGGGGCGGGGUGUUGGGCUGCGAGAUCAGAGGACACGCUCUAAAUAACGCCUUACAUCUCAUACGUGUGCACUUCUUUGAGCGGGGAAAUGACAGCACGUGCUCCCUAUGUAGUGCACUUUGUUUUUUUAAUUAGUGACUAUAUAGCAUUGAACCGUUCUGUUUCAGCCUCCGCAGGUUGCAGUGAAGGUUCUCGGGCAUUCGGAGCGACGGAGGAGCGUCGGAUCCGAGUGAAGCGGCGAUGUAUUUCCUGACGUAGCUUUCUGUAUAAGUUAUAUUUCUUACAUGAAAUAAAUGAAUUUAAAGAAAUCUCCUCAAGCUUCAAAUACGUCUUUGGAUAAACAUUGGAGCUUUUUAAUGAAUGUUAUUUUGGUCCGUGGGACAUAAUGUGAAACAUCCUAAAGCGGAAAGACUCGAGGAUUACUGCUUAACUGGAGUCAGUGAAAUAGUUUAUUUGAAAGAAAUGGGUAAACUUCAGUCCAAGCACGCCUGCAAACGGAGAGAAAACCCUGAAGGGGACAGUUUUGUAGUGAGUGGGUUUCUUUCAAAAAGAGGAGGAGAAAGUGAGAGGUCCGAGCAAAAGACAAGGCACAUUCAGGACUUAGACAACAGUGAGUUUAAGGAUGGACAGUUUGGAGACCACCACUGCCCCCUAGAGGUGGUCCUGCCUCCUGAGAAGGCGGAGGGCUGUGAAAGCUUCGUGCAGUUUGUGAACGGUGAGGAAGGAGAGAGAGAGAGCAAUAAAGCAAAGAAACGCAUCAGUCUGAAUGAGCUGGAGUGUGACGUGUCCGUGGAGGACGAUAACAGGCAGGAGUGGGUCUUCACCCUCUAUGACUUUGACAACAGCGGCAAAGUGACCAAAGAGGACAUGUCGAGUCUGAUGCACACUAUCUACGACGUAGUGGACGCCUCAGUAAACCAGUCGUGCCACAGUAAGAGCAAAACGUUGCGUGUGAAGCUGACUGUUACGCCUGAGCCCAGCCCCAGGCGGAGAGAACACACCACACACACCGGGACAGAAAGGGACUGGAGCUGUAGCCGCGUGGACGCCACGCAGCAGGAAGAGGUGCGCGGGGGAGACAAACGCCACUCUACACACAUGAGGGACUCUCUGGAGAGGAAUCAUUACUGCGUGGAUGAGAACACAGAGAGGAGGAAUCACUACUUGGACCUGGCCGGCAUCGAGAACUACACCUCCAGAUUCGAAACCACAGUGCCCCCUACAGUGCAUCAGGAAAACAUAUCCCGUCCUUCUCACUCUCAGAGCCGCUCACGCUCCCACGAGCCGGACUCGCACUCCCAGCAGCGCCGUUCGCAGCUCAUCAGCGAUCACUGCGGCUCUCGUGCCCUCCACCCCACAAGACCUCCUAAAGGGGCGUCUAAAGGGGGCGGGACCACCCCGACGAGGGCCAGCAAGUGUUACGGGCAUCACGGAGGGCAGGACGUGUAUCACCUGCCUCAGCAGAGCCAGCCUCAGCUGCACACACACUCCCAGCACCCCCUGCAACACAGCCACAGCAAGAGGCUGAGGUCCAGAACACAGAGUAAACACACACCACAGUCACCUGAUCGGGAACACACGCACGCCGCAGGAUUCGUGGUACCCAUGGUGCAACGGCACGAGCAUCAUCACCACCACGAGCAUCACCAUCAUCAUCACUAUCAUCACUACCAUCAGACAUGAUCAUGCACACACACACACACACAUACACAUACACACUCAUAUACACACACAUGUAGUGUGUCCUAAUCAUGUCAAAACCACGGACAGAUCAAGGCUUCUAGAAAACUGUGGAAAUCAGAUGUUUAAAGAUGGACACUUCGCUCACAUUUGCACACUUUUCCGACACUCCACGUGCGUGCCGUCGUAUUACAUACUCCAGGUAUUCUUCUCUUAUCCAGUCUCAGGUGAAAGCUGCUGCUGUUAAAGCUUUUCAGAGAAACAGCUACUUUUCUCUCGGUUACCUGCUGUGGACUGAGGGAUCUCCUUCUUACCAGGGUACACAUCACCACUGCCAGUUAAUGCAAAAAUAUAUCCCUUUAUGUAUGAAAAUGUAUGACUAUAAACAUUUAUUGUUUAAUUAUACAGACACCAUAUGCAUAUUUAUCAUGAUCAAUAUGUAUGCGUAUAUAUUUUAUCCUGUUUUUAUACAUAUUUUAAUAAAAUACUUCAUAUGCACAUCUCUGCUUGAGUUAAUUCAUUAGAUCUGAUGUCCUCAUAACCCAUAGUUCCCUUUAAGUGGGGUCCAUGAAAAAAUAUCAUUUCAAUUUGAAUUUAACUGCAAUUGUAAUAAAACCAGGGAAAGUUCUAAGUAUUUUUUUAUUUAUAUUUUUAUGUAGUUGUUUGACAUGAUUUUUUUUUUUGUGGAGGUACAGCCACACAAAGCACUUUGAGAAUCUGUAAGUAUUCAUAACCAUAAAGACUAUAGGUUAAUACUGUUUGGAGAAAUGCUUAAAUGUUUUGGUUUAUUUAAUGUUCACAUCAAACAGAAUGGGGGAAAAAUUUUCUCUCUGUGACUUUAACCGUGGCACGAUUGUUGGUGCCAGACGGGCUGGUUUGAUUUUUUCUACUGCUGAGCUAAAAAAAAAAUUUUUUUAAGUAAAAUUAUACAAAUUCAAUAACUUUUUGACUGUAUGAGUUACACAUGUAAAACCAAAUGCAGUAUGAUACAGUCUAUUAUUGCUACCAGCUACAGCAAAUAGAUGUUUAAAAACUCAGUUUUAAUGUUUUUUUAAUUUUGCUAAAAAAAAAAAAAAGAAAGAAUUUAAAUUCAAUAACUUUUUAUUUGUAGGAGUUACACAUGUACACAUCUUGCCACUGCCAUUUAAUAUUUUCAUUUCAUGUCAUCAGUAUCUUAACUAGUUUCCUAUCACAAAAUGGUUUCAAAUAAAAAAAAGGGAUGUAGAGGUAUAUGUAUAUGAACCUGUUUUGUUAUUGUAUCACACUAUAUUGUGUCCUCCAAUUCGAGUUGACAUUUCAAUGAUUUGAUGCGUCUCCCCUCAGUUAUAUAGGCUGAG